AUGACAUCAGCAACACAACGGAAAAAAAUUGCAAUUGUUGGCUCAGGUAAUUGGGGAAGUACAAUUGCCAUUCAUAUUGCUGAUAAAAUUGCUGAUUUAAAAGACGAAUAUGAACAGAAAAUUCUAAUGUGGUGUAAAGAAGAAACCUUAGAUGAUGGUAGUAAAUUAACAGAAGUCAUUAAUGAACAACAUGAAAAUAUAAAAUAUUUACCACAUGAACGAAUUCCAGACAAUGUUAUCGCUUUACCUGAUCUUUGUGAAUCAGUAAAAGAUGCUGAUAUACUUAUAUUUGUUAUACCCCAUCAAUUUGUUAAAAAAACAUGUGAAGAACUAAAAAACAAAGUGAAACCAAGUGCAUUUGCAUUAACAUUAAUUAAAGGAUUUUACAUUGAUGAAGAAACAAAUGAUAUUUUAUUAGUUUCACAAGUAAUUAAAAAGACAUUAAAUAUUCCUUGUCUUUCUAUGAUGGGAGCUAAUAUUGCUCGAGAAGUUGCUGAGAAAGUUUUUUGUGAAGCAACAGUUGGCUCUCGUAAUGAUAAACAUAGUGAAAUAGUUCGACAAAUAAUUGAUGGACCUUCUUUUCGCAUACGUAUUUAUCCUGAUAUUGAGAUUAUUGAAAUACUUGGUGGUUUAAAAAAUGUCAUUGCUAUGUGUGCUGGUUUUGCCGAUGGUUUAAAAGCUGGUUUUAAUACUCGCGCUGCUGUUCUUAGAUUAGGUUUUCGAGAAAUGGUUAAUUUUUGUCGUCUAGUAGAAAAAGAAUCCACAGCAGAAAUCUAUUUAGAAUCAUGCGGCAUUGCGGAUUUAAUUGCAUCAUCAUUAGGUGGAAGAAAUUAUAAUGGAGCAAAAAAGUUGGCUGAAACAAAUAAGUCAUUAAAGGAAAUCGAAAAAGAAGAUCUCAAUGGGCAAUCACUUCAGGGUCCUGGAACUGCUAAAGAAGUUUAUCGUUUUCUUCAAGGAAGAAAUUUAUUAGAUCAAUUUCCGAUGUUUCGCGAUGCUUAUCUUAUUUGUGAACAGAAAAUUAGACCACACUGUCUAUUAGAUAAUCUUACUAAUCAUCCGGAAUUUCAAAGAAAAUAA